CUCACCUGUCAUUCGACGGACCAGUUUGUUCUGGGAAGUCCGGCUCUUACACACGUUCGUGAAUUUCCAGUCCUGUUGAGAUGAAUUCGUCGACCAUAUGCCUUCUUGCGCUCGCGUGCAUCCUCGGCACACACCAAAACGUCAGAGGAACAACGACCCGCGAGGAGCUGAGCCUUGAGGACAAAGACUUUUGCAACGGAGGGUUGGAGUUACGCUAUCCUGGUCUGGACAUAAGCUCCUGCUUGGUCAUCCCCAAAGACGUCAGAGAGAGGAUCAGUAUGGAAUGGGCAGCACCUGAUGUGCAGCUCACGAGCGCUGACCAGAAAAAGAACUAUGUCUUCAUGAUGGUGGACCCAGAUGCGCCCAGUCGGGCUAACCCUACGAGAUCAUACUGGAGGCACUGGUUACUGGUUGACAUAAAGGGUAGCAGACUGGGACUGGGAGAUGUUGAAGGCACUGUGAUAUCUGAGUACGCUGGGCCCACGCCACCUCAGGGAACGGGUUUUCACCGGUACCAGUUCCUCCUGUAUGAGCAGGGCGCAGGGCAAGUCCCAAAGCUGAGUGAGCAGGAAGGAAGCUCACGGGGGAACUGGGAUCUGCAGGCGUUUGUGGAGAAGUUUGGCCUUGUUGGCCCAGUGGCAUCUCUCCAGUUCCUGACGCAAAACUACAAGGAUUAGUGGAGCCAAAUGGCCUGGCUGUCCGACCACACCGGACCCCCUCUCUGGGGUCCUGCAUCGCUCUCUCUGUUCUUGUAUAACUACCAACUACGUACCGAUUACUACCAACUACACCCAUUUAGUUUAAAAAUUGCAAUAAUCUCCCUCUAAAAUUAACUACUCCUUGUGCAUAUUGUUAUAUUUAUUAUAUCAAGUUGUUUAAACGGAAUUAUUCGUCAUGCCCACCAGUAUGGAGUCAGUUCUGCAUUUUAAGAUUAGAAGCUCUAAUUGUACGUUUAAAUGAGGCUGUUGUGCCUUUAAAGGGCUUUGGCCUGUUUUUCAGUGCUUCUGUUUAGAAGGAGCAACAGGCCCAUCAAAUCUUAGAUGCUGUGAAGGGGAAAAUAAAAAUAAAAUGGAAACUGCAGA